AUGUAUCAAGUCAUGUGGGCGUUUUACGUCUUCGCUUUUGUCUGCAUCAUAUCAAAGAUCCCGUAUUCAGAACAUAUUAUUCCAAAAAAAUCCACUGCAGAGAAUGGUACAGGAAUCAAACAAUACUCGUUAAAAAUAACGAAGUACCUCUGUGUCGGUGUUCCAUACAGCAGAUCUAAAUUGCAUCACUGCAAAACGGUAUUACGCCGUAACAAACCUGCCGUCUUGAAUAUAUCCAUCACCGUUCCUGAGGUUCUCACCUACAUCUGGCUAACGGUAAAGUUACAUUACAAGUUCCAAACCUACCAACCAUUGCUUAUUGAUUUAGAGAAAGAAGCAUGUGAAUAUUUGGCAAAACAUCCUUUUAAUCCAAUUGAUGAAUACAUUUACAACAUAUUUGCAAAAACAUUGCCACAGGUUGUAUCACCAUGUCCACACGGGAAUCGAACCUACACAGCUAUGUGGUGGCUUCAGGAACGAUACACACCGAGUUCUAUGCCAGCGGGAGACUACCGGUUGGAUGUGAAGUUUUUUGGUUGGAAUAACAUCACUCUCUUCUAUCUUGAGGUUUAUUUCUCUGCCCGGCGUAAAGGCAUUAUCGGUUCUAUGAUUGAAUGGUAA